AGCAUUGGCUUUGAAUGCUUUGCGUGAUAGUGACCAGAACAGCACAAGAGCAAAUUAAACAGUCUGGAGAUGUUCCAGUAUGAGCUGCAGGAUAUGGCUGACAGGGUAACCCCACACACUGCUUCACAGUCCCCUGUAAUAAGCAGGAGGCAUACCUUCUAAAACAGGGCCAAAAGGACCUUGACCAACCGGGAACUGCCUGGUCGUCAUGGCAACGAGACACGCUAACGCUGGUGUCCUGGGAGGCUGGCUUUCUGACUGAGCAGCGAGGAUGGCGGCGCAGAACUUGUAUGGCCCUGGAGUCCGGAUGGGCAACUGGAACGAAGAUGUCUAUCUGGAGGAGGAGCGCAUGAAAGAUUUCCUAGACAAGAGGGAGAAGGGAGAACUUCUUAUACAGAGGAACAGAAGGCUGAAAAAGAACAUCUUGAGACCGAUGGAGCUUUCGGUAACCGAAGAUGGAUUUGCCCACUAUGGCGAUAAAGUGAUCCUUGUGAAUCCUGACCACCCCCAGGGGGAGGAAGCUGGCUUGUUUCAGGAAGGAGACCUGAGCCUGUGCAUGAGCCCAGAUGAAGUUAAAGCCCAGAUAUGUGAUGAACUGGAAGUGCCCUGUGGUGUGAGUGCUGUGCGGACCACCGCCCCGACGGGCAGGAACACCUUCACCAUUCUGAGGGACAGCACAAACAGCGAUGCUGUGGACCCAGUCCUUAGAUACGGACAGAACUUCUGCCUCGGGAUACCAGCAGGGCUGGAAUGCAAGACGCUGUAUUUAUCAAGUGACCACAGGACCCUUCUGAAGUCUUCUAAGAAGUCCUGGCUCCAGGAGGUAAUUCUGACAGACGAGGUCUCCCAUCUGAACUGCUGGCAGGCUACCUUCCUCGAUCCCCAGCUGCGCCUGGAAUAUGAAGGCUUUCCAGUCAAGGCAAAUGAAAAACUUGUUAUCUAUCAUCGCCACACAAACCGAGCCCUGGUGGCCCAUCGGCAUCUCUUCUUAAGGACCUAUUUUGGGAAGGAAGUUGAGGUUGCAGCUCACACACAUCUGGAUUCACACAGAGUUGAAAAACCCAAGAAUCACUGGAUGCUGGUUACCGGGAAUCCCAGGAACAGGUCGACCACCAUCCUGGACCUCCCCAAACCUCCCUCGGAUGACACCCGUGCUGUGGAGCAGGUCAUGGGCAUCAACACAUAGUGACAUAUCAGGCAGACAUGUGGCCUCGCAGGCCCUGCUCUCAUCAAUUGUAGGUCUUAGAAGAAAUGAACAAUCUUGGUUGUGCCCCAAACAGUUUUUGUUUCAGUAGGGUGCAGAACUCUAUUAAAAGAAAUACCAUAUUAAAACUAUUGAACUAGUGAUGGGGGCCUACCCGUUGGGGGUAAAUAGUGUUUGAAAAUAAUAGUAUUUGAAGUGAGAUCAGCUUUUGUUGAUAUCCUAAUUGCGAAGAACUCAGUGCCUCCACUCAGAGCCCCUUGCUUAGCAGGCCCUACAAGGCCAAUGCUCCUGUCCAAAGCUGUGUUUAUGUAAUAAAAAUGUCAGAAGUUUA